AUGAAGCCUUUGCUUUUCCUCUCCGUUCUAUUUUGUGUUUUUAUCUUCCACAUUGCUGAGGCCAGAGUCAUUCCGGAGGGAGUGCCGUAUGAUGAACCCCCUGCCGUACCCUACUGGCCGUACUCUACUUCGGAUUUCUGGAACUACGUGGAGUACUUCCGGACCAUCGGGGCCUACAAUCACAUCAACGAAUUGGCACGGGCCUUCUUCGCCCACCAGCAUUUGGGCGACACUUUGGGCUACGAUAGCACCGCUGGUCAUGAGCACUAA